AUGCUGCUCCGGCGCCUCGCCGUCCUUGCCAGCAAGGUGUUCGAAUACAAGUUGGACAAUCUCGGGUAUUUGAAAACACCUGUGUAUGCCUGCUAUCAUGAGUCACUGUAUAUUCCAAACCGCCCUCUACAACUCACCUUUUCAAUUGCGACUUUACCUCACGUCUACAGUGACAGUCACGGAAUAGAGGAGUUGUGCGGAAUCAGGAGACCUAAAACUCAUCACGGCGAUUGCCGAGCUCAACUUAGGGGCUUGCUAAGAUCAAGCGCUGGUGGUAUCCCUCGACAGAUCACCACACUCUGCAAUGGUUUGAAGAUCGUAGAACGGUUCUUCGACCUUCCGUUGGACUAUAGCAAUCCAGACGGCACGAAGAUUCGUGUCUUCGCCCGGCAGUCGAUCCCUCUCGACAAAGCCAAGACACCAGAAGAAGAGGAUAAACUACCCUUCAGCGGACCUGGCUUUGAGGUUCCCCUCAGAGGCAACUCAGGGUUCGCAGCUGAACUCUACAAGAAGGGCUAUCAAGUCCUUUGGAUCGACCAACGCGGGACAGGACUUAGCACUCCCCUCUCUCCGGAUACUCUCCCUCCCAAUGUCAAGUCCGACCAGGAAAUUGCAACCUACCUCAAGUUCUUCCGAGCAGACAGCAUCGUCAAGGAUUGCGAGUCUAUCCGAAAGAUUCUCCUUGGCCACAAAGAGAAACCAGAAGACCAAAAAUGGUCCAUCAUCGGCCAAAGUUUCGGAGGAUUCUGCUGCUUGACAUACCUAUCCUUCCAUCCAGAAGGCGUCAAAGAGGCUUUCCUCACCGGCGGACUCGCUCCUCUAGUCAACGGACCAGAUCCAGUAUACAAGGCACUGGCGCCUAGAGUUGAGAAGAGAAAUGAGAUCUAUUACCAGAAGUACCCGAAGGACAUCCAGCGCGUUAGGAAAAUCAUGACAUACCUCGAGGCAAACCAGGUUAAACUUCCGAACGGCGGAAACCUGACUCCACGACGAUUCCAACACCUCGGAAUAGACUUUGGAAUGCAAGGCGGUAUUGAUCAAGUCCAUCAAAUCGUCCUUCGAGCUUCAAACGACCUCGAGCUAUUUGGGAAGCUAUCAUAUAAGACCCUCCAAACAAUCGAACAUGCUCAAUCCUUCGACGGUAACCCCCUCUACGCCAUCCUACACGAAGCUAUCUACUGCCAGGGUCAACCCUCCGGCUGGUCGGCCCACCGAACCCUUCAAUCUCGUUCCCAAUUCCACUGGGACAAAAUAUUCCCGGACAUGUUUGACGAUUAUACCAACCUCCGACCAUGGAAAGGUGCUGCCAACAUCCUUGCGAGAGAUGUCACUUGGGGGCCCCUCUACGACCUCGAACAGCUUCGAAAUAACGAGAUUAAAGUUUCUGCCGUCACGUACUUCAACGACAUGUACGUCGACUUCAACUUGGCACAAGACACAGCUUCCAAAGUGGGCAACGUCGAGCAAUACAUCACGAACCAACUCGUCCACGACGGAAUCCGACAGGACGCCGUCGACGUUAUCAAGAAGCUCUUCCAAUUAUCAAGUCGAGAAUUCGAUUAGAUCACGGGUACCGGUAGUUCUAAAGAGCGUAACAUAACAUAGAGAUAAAGAUACACAAUCCUAGCAAAUGCAAAUCCAUUAAACCACAUUGCCAUUCC